AGCGCGCUCGCUGCUCGUUCGAGGGGCUGUAGUAAUGGAGGGGGUCACAGUCGGCCAGGUAUUUGAUGCGGAAUGCAUCCUGAGCAAACGGCCGAGAAAGGGGAAGUUUGAGUAUCUGGUGAAGUGGAGAGGGUGGUCGUCUAAACACAACAGCUGGGAACCAGAAGAAAACAUCCUGGACCCCAGACUGCUGGCAGCCUUCCACAAGAGAGAACAAGAGAAGGAGCUUCUGUUCCAGACGAAAGGGAAACGUCCGAGAGGACGACCGCGGAAGAUUCUGCAGCCCGCACCCGCCGCGACCAAAGACAGCCGCUCCUCGUCCUCCUCGUCCUCCGUCCUUUCCUCGUCCGCCUCCUCCUCCUCCUCAGAGGAUGAAGAUCACACGAAGAAGGCGAGGUCGGGCCCCCGCGUGCAGCCCGUCCCCCAGAAGAGGCCUCAGAUCGUCCUCGCCAAGCCGGAGCUUCCCUGCAAGAAGAAGCGCGGGAGGAAGCCGCUGCACCCUGACGUGAGGGCGCUAAGACAAGCGAAGAGCAGACCGCCUCCUCCUCCUCCUCCGUCACCUCCGCCUCCUCCUCCUCUUCCUCCUCCUCCACCUCCUCCUCGCCACCACCAGGUGCUCAGGCCGCCCAGGGAGGAUCCUCGGCCCGGCGUGAAGAAGCCUCUUCAGCCGGCGAGCUUCACCUACACCGGGCUGAGCAGGAGCUCCAGAGACGAGGCCGCCGCCGCCGCCGCCUCCCAGCCCUCCGCCAGCUCCUUCUCCGCCUCCAAAGCGAGCUCGCUGAGCUGCAUGUGGACCAGCCGCUCCAUGUCGCCGUCCUCCUCCUACAGCAGAACCAGCCCAGCACCACAAAGUAAGAACUCUCUGUCCGAGCUGAAGCGCUCCAUCUCCGACACCGGCGGCGGCAGAGGAGACGGGUACAAGGCGUCCGCUCUGAAACACGGCGGAGGCUCGUUGGGUCUGCACAGCAGCUUCGGGGGAGGCCAGGCGGCGGUGCAGCGCUCCCCGCUGAGCCAGAGGAGGCAGGACGGGUCGCUUCAGCACAAGCAGCAGAGCCUCAACAAAGCGGCGCCCGCGCCCACGCCUCGAGACCGAGCCAACCAGGCGCUCAACCUCCGCGCUCUCAACCUGCAGAGCGUCAGCAAGCCGGUGUCCGUUAGCGGCCUGCAGGGGAACAUCGCUGCGGCAUCGAGGACGAGCUUAAGGAGCGGCGCCGGCGGCAUUGUUGUAAAAGGAGGAGGCAUCAAAGAGACUCGCACGUCCGCUGGGGGGCAGCGCUCCGGCGGCGGCUCAGAGCAGGCGAGGUUACGGGAGGAGAUGCUAGCAGAGACUAAGAAGAUGACAGGAAGCAGCUCAGCGCGAGGGAGCGGCGGCGAGAGGAAGCACGGGCUCGCCUCUCAGAACCGGAGCCUGAACGAGCUCAGCACGGGCGACUCGGACGAGAGCAGCAGCAGCAGCGAGUCGGAGCGGGACGCCGCGCCAUACCCGAACAACAGCAGGCCGAGCCUCGGAGACGACGUCGCCACGGAGUCGGACACGGAGACGGACUGGCGGCCCGCCCGGAGCCUCCUGGAGCACGUGUUCGUCACCGACGUCACGGCCAACUUCAUCACGGUGACGGUGAAGGAGUCGCCGACCAGCGUGGGAUUCUUCAACUCGCUGAAUCACUGAAGGUGUGUGAACAACACUUCCUGUUUCUGCGCUUCAUUCAUUCGCUGACGGAAACUGAAAAACUGAACGUUGAAUUAGUUUUGGUAAAAAGUGUUUCAAGAAGCUUCUUCUGUCCCGUCAUGUUUCUCACGUGUGUUGUUGUAGUUCUGGUUUCAGCCACAAGAGGCAGCAGCGUUGGCGUUUUAUAGCACAUGGCGUUUAUAAAGUUAUGUAACAUCCCCGUCAGGCUUUAAACGCCAAUCUGCUGAUCGUUAGUUUUACAACAAACACUUCUACAGAAACGUCCUCCUUCAUCCAGAUACAAGAAAAGAUCCUGACUACACUUUUAUUUAUUAGUUUAAAAACAUAAUCUAAACGUUUCUUCUUCAUGUGUUCUCAAACGCAGGACAGAAAACUGUUUAGAUCACACUCCAUGUAUCUCCAGAAUUUGGCCUCACAGGGCUUCCGUAGAACACGAGGAAGCCCGAUGUUUAGACCUCGUUUACGCUCCAUAUUAAAACGCAGUCUGUGUCCGCAAGAGAAAUAGACGCUCGAACUUCAAAGACUAUUAUCAAAUAUCAGUUCUGGAAGUUAUUCAUGCCUCCAUCAUCCUGCAGCCCCCUCCGCAGGAUGAUGGAGUUAUCACACCAGGGUCCCAGUUCAAAUUGUUCCGUUUUCACCGUGUGGUAUCUGCACAUCCAGGCGCUCUGUUCUUUAUAUCGCCGCUGCUUCCGCUUCAAUACAGUGGAGGUGAAUGUGUUCGUGUGUGGGGGUGUGUGGGGGUGCACUUAAUAAGUCAUUUUGAACAGAAAUAAAGUCCCAGUCGCUCAAAUAAACCACAGAAAUAUGAGACCUAAAUAUCUCACCUUUUUGAAUGGAGUUUGGUGUCGACGCUGGUUUGUUGAAAACUCAGUCUUUGGUUUGUUAAUUCUCAGUCAAUAAUCACUUACUAGAUUUUCUACCAGUUCUUUCGACCGCACCUCAUGGUCUUCAUCAGCAGAGAGUUUGCUCAGAUAUCGUGACUAAUGAGGACUAAAUCAUUUAAUUAAAUAAAUAAAUAAAUAAAAGCUUCUAUUGUCAAAUUAAUGUGCAGGUUAAUUUUCAACAUAACUUUAACCAAUGGCUGUUAAGUGACACCAUGAAGUCCCGCCCCCUCAUUUACAUAAAAAUAAUAAUUAAAUAAAUGUGAAAAGAACAUAAAAACAUAAAUACAAAAUAUGCAAUAAAUAGGGAAUUUAAUAAAUAACAGAAUAAAUAAGAGAAAAUAAAAUGUAGAUGGGAAA